UAGUACACUGCGACCUCGCUCUGCUAUUAGAUAUUGCACUGCCGUCGCCGAGUCCUUACCAGCGUGCGAAGCUAUCGGCAACAAACUAGGCUUCCAACAAAUUAGGCCGAUCCAUUAACUGCCAGUUCGCACACAUAUUAUUAUAAUAUAAUAUAGCUGACACACAGGCGUGUCGCAAAUGCCACAACCCGAGAUACCCGAAGAGGCCUAUGAGCUCCUCGGAGAAGCUGCCAAUCGCUGCGAUCAAGUUACCCGCUAUAACUUGCUGGAACGCGUAUUGGCAGGAGUUGUUGACGACGACCUGAGGGAGUCGUCUGAGGGCAAGCAGGGCUGGAUCUACAUUUACAGGCAAAAGCAUGGCAAGUCCAACGAGUUCAAGAUCGGCAAAUAUGUUGGGCCAAACCCACGGGACCGCAUUCGGCAGUGGGAGAAGAAAUGCGGCCACGAGAUUGAGCUGGUCCGCACAUGGGAAGUGGCGUUCGCCCGUACCACCGAGCAGCUCAUAGAGACGGAGCUGAAGGGGAUGGACGACGUGUGGCUCGGAUCAAGGGAGUGCAGGGGACCGGACGGCUCCAGUGGGUGUGGAGCCCACCACCAGGAGUGGUACAAGGCCAGCGAGCAGGAGCUGUGCCAGAUAAUCAGUUACUGGGUUGACUACACGAACAGGAUGGUUGACGAGCUGCUGCUGACCCGUGAGUGCACCAGAAUGGUUGACGAUGGUUAACCUGCUGACCCGUAAGUGCAGCAGGUUAACAAUCCACUGAUGCCCAGCAGAACCGCCGCGGUUACCGGUAGGUUGCGGCUCUACCGGUACGGUAUGCGUCCACCUUACGCGUCGGUGGGGAGCCUGCUGGUUCGUUUAGGCUGUGGGGGCAGGUAGCGCCAGACCGGGGCGAUGACCCUGACAUGCGGUUUGCUAGCGGUAGUUGACCGUGUGCCCGGUUACGGCGGUCGGCAGAGCGACCGCCUGAAAGCUGCGAGUAAUGCUACAGGCUUGGAGCUAAGUAUUUAAGGGGGUGCAUUCGCUUGCACUGCCCUGUUUGGUGCCCUCGGCAGGCCUGGAUGCUGUCAGCGCCAACCUACCGUUGGUUCGUUUUAUCGUUGGUUGUUACUUGUUAGGGAUCUGGUGACGCUUUGGGCUUGCGACAUGGCCUAGCUAUACUGGUGUCAUUAUUUAACAGUAUCUUGCCGCAGUGGGGAGACCGCUGCUGAUGCUGGUCAUGCGUGCGUGCUGCUGCGUGCAAGGAGGUUUCCACACGUGACCCACGGGUCAGCCUGUACGGGGGUACCAGUGACUAAGCAAUCUAUUUCACAUUUAUCGUUGUAUAGCAUGCGAAAAAAGGGGUGGAAGAAGACAUGGGAGAUGCGUGCUUUUCCUGGGAACGGAUGCAAUACACUGAUUUACUGGGUUCCAGGAUAAAUAGUAGCAGUCAUGCUACGGUUUGAAGUCAUCCGACAUCUUGCUUCACGGAUUUGAGUUGGGGGGAAGGCAACACGGCCGAACACUCGGAUUAGUGCCAGUGAUUAUCCCGAAAUCCUGUAGUGUACUCGGCUGGUUUCAGUCUUGAGAUUCUUGAGAUUGUCCACGUGGAAAGUAUUGUAACAGUAAUGGUAACACG